AAUCCAGUUUCCUUCGGACCAGCGUACUGUUUCUAACAAUAAGUAUCGUGCUUUAUUUCAAAAUCGAAGUUCGUAAAGUGAGACAACAUGACAUUCAUUCUUUUAUUUCUCGUCGUCUUAUCUUUGAAUCAGUGUACAGGACAAGUUAUCGAUAUCAGUGGUGUAUGGGAGAUAGGGUGCCCGCAAGGAUGUACUUGCGAGAUUCAAAAAUUCUCUGAUCUGCCUCUGCAUCAAUGGUCUGAUACUAACAGAGAUAAGGAUCAGAACGUGCCUUCUGAUGAUAUAUAUUUUAAUAUGAAUGAUAAUGAGCAUUCUAUGACCCAUGAAUUAAUGAAAACAGCAACAUGCGUGAUUGUCGAAAACCCUGAUGAACUUAUGGCUAAACUUCCAUCAGACAUACAGAUUCUGACGUUACUUGAAUCAGGCAACGGAGAUGCUGAUAUUCUUCUGCAAGCAACUACAUUCCAACGCUUCGCCGAAUUGAUAUCGCUAGACGUUCAAGGAAUAGAUUACAGCGAUCCUUCCAUAAAGGAGACAAAUAAUUAUAGAGAAAAGGGCGGUAUUCAUCUUUCAUCCGAUGCUUUGUAUCCUUUAGGACCUACUCUGCUGUAUUUAAAUUUGGAACGGGUUAAAUUGUCAAGCUUAAAUCUGCCGAAUAAGAACAAAGCAAAUUUGGUGAUCAAGCCGAUGAGUUCUCAGGAAACCGAAACGAUUGAUGACAAUGGAGCGACUGUAAGCAAUAUCAAUCAGCACAAAGGGCACAGACUAAUAUUUCUGAGUCAGCAGAAUAGUGACGACAAAGAGAUAUUGCCGUACGAUCUUUAUAAGCAAGAAUUAGAAGGCUAUAGAGAAAAUAUUGAGCUGUUUGCUGCGCUCGGCGCGCUGACGCAUCUAAGGGUGUACGAUUGCGCCCUGAAAGAUAUAUCCUGGCACAUGUUCGACGGCCUGAAUAGCCUACUUUAUCUCUCGUUGGAGAAGAACAGUUUGAAAUUCAUACCGGAAUUUUGCUUCUACGGUACGCCGAAUUUGAGAUCAUUGUCGCUGGCGAGUAAUGAAUUACUGACCCUGAAGAGCGUAGACUUGGCAGGGUUGCUUAUACUGGAACAUCUGGACUUGCGAGAAAAUAAUUUAACAUUUCUGUCGGAGUUAUCACUUCCACCUUUUCCGGCGCUUACGAGCGCUGAUUUUACAGAAAAUCCAUUGGAUUCCAUUUUUCCAAGCACUUUUGAGAUUAUGAAUACAACGAUAAAAUUGUAUCUCGGAGGCACGAUGUCAAAAUUAAAACUGCAAAGGAAUUCAUUACUCGGUCUACGUCGAGCUGAGAUAUUACAUCUGUAUAAUUUGGAGAUACCUGUGUUAGAGCGUUUCAUACUACAAGGACUACCGGCGUUGACACACUUGAAAAUGCGAGGAAACGUCACGAAUAUCGAUUUCGAUGCGUUUGUCGAUCUUCCCAAUCUGUUGGAUUUGGAUCUAAGUCACUGUCACAUUCGGAGAAUUUCCAUGGAUGCCUUCUACGGUUUAGAAAGAGUUCGAAGAAUCGACCUAUCGAGAAACGAUCUUGAAUUCAUACCGCCUGGUUUAUUCGUUGUUCAACAACAGAGGGAAUUGAAAGAAAUUAUACUUACAGGCAACAAAUUAACUUCGCUACCUUUGGACUUUUUUAAAAGUCUGAGAGCGCCGAAUAAACUAAUACAGAUACAAAAUAUAAGAUUGGAUGACAAUCCUUGGGAUUGUUCAUGCAUCAUGAUCAAUUGGAAUCCUCAGCUAGUAAACAGAAAUAAGGAGACAGCUCCGCGAUGUUCGACGCCGAAGCGGUUGCAGAAUUGGGGAGUUUUUUAUGCAUUGCGCAAAGGUGGUUUACAAUGCAGAAACCCGAAGAAACGAUACUUUCGAAAGUUCUUGAAGACAAGAGAAGACUUCGAAGAGCAUAACGACAUCAGUUAGUUAAUAUCGAAUUUUUUUAUAAAUUUUGUGUAUAAAUCUGAUAAAUGCAGAAUU